AGCUGUAACUUUGAGCUCGUUCGCUUGCCAGUUUCCAGACACAUUCAGAGCAGGCGCCCUGUCAGCGGAUCGUUCUUCCAAGUACUGUACUGCGAAUCUAUAGAACUGUACUGCCCAGCUAUAGUACUGCCCAAGAUAUCAUAAUGGAACCGCUCUUCGCUCUCACCGUUCUGGGAAUUCUUUUGAUGAGUUCACUCAGCACUUACGCACAAGAAAUCUUUGGGUAUUGUACUACGCCUGAUGAAAACAGCGGCACCUGCAUUAACCUCAGGGAAUGUGGAUACCUUUUCGAACUGCUUCAAGGCGAAGAGGUUACGGACCAGGACCGUCGAUUUCUACAAAGCAGUCAAUGUGGCUAUCGCAAUGGACAAGUGCUUAUUUGCUGUGCAAACAGCAGAAUACGUAACCAACAACCUACAAUACGCCCCAGAACCAACCUACUACCCAUGGCCCCCAAUUGCGGUGAUAACUUUGAAGACCGCGUGGUGGGUGGUAAGGAAACGGGAAAGAGGGAGUUUCCUUGGAUGGCCCUAAUAGAAUACACAAAACCCGGCAACGUUAAGGGCCACCACUGUGGCGGAUCUUUAAUCAACAAUCGUUACGUGCUUACGGCGGCACACUGCGUCUCGGCUAUUCCCAGUGAGUGGCAGCUGACGGGAGUACGCCUGGGUGAGUGGGAUGCGAGAACCAAUCCUGAUUGUACAGUCGGCAAAAAUGGACUGCGGGACUGCAACGAACCCUACGUGGACAGCCCUGUUGUGGAGCGUAUUCCGCACCCGCAGUACCCGGGAAACUCCCGUGACCAGUUAAACGACAUAGCUUUGCUGCGAUUGCGGGACGAGGUUCAGUAUAGCGACUUUAUAUUACCAGUUUGUUUGCCCACUUUACCGUCCCAUCGCAACAAUAUUUUCCUUGGUCGAAAGGUGGUGGUGGCAGGGUGGGGUCGCACGGAAUAUAACUUUACGUCCAAUAUAAAGCUGAAGGCAGAGUUGGAUCCGGUACCGACGUCCGACUGCAACCAACGAUACGCCAGCCAACGAAGGACUGUCACCUCCAAACAAAUGUGCGCCGGCGGAGUGGAAGGUGUUGACUCUUGUCGCGGGGACUCGGGUGGCCCCCUUUUGCUCGAGGAUUUUUCCAAUGGAUACUCAAACUUCUAUAUUGCGGGUGUCGUCUCUUACGGACCCACGCCCUGUGGACUAAAAGGAUGGCCUGGAGUGUACACAAGGGUUGAGGCGUAUCUGAGCUGGAUAGAAUACAACGUUAGAGCUUAAUCGUAAAUGGCGUAAAUAACCAUUCUUAGGGCUUGAUCGUAAAUCGUGCAAAUUAUCAUUGUAAAAACGGACACGUCACAGCAAAUAUCGAUUUUUAAUAAAAGGUAGAUUAUACAAUAAAAUAA